AUGCAUUCCGCCACCGUCUCCCUCUCGACUGGUGCUCGCGAUGCCGGCUUCUCCGGUCGCCUGGUCGCCGCCAUCAACGACGCCCUGACCGGCGCCGGUGGCCUUCCCCUCCUGGAGCAGGAGAUCCUGGCCGCCAAGGCCCUCGUUCGCUUUGUCCUCGAGUCCGGCAUUCAGGCCGACAAGCUGGCCGACUCGGUCCUCCUGGUUUUCGACGGUCUUCGCGAUGUUGCCCACGAGGCGUCCGACCGUUCUGGCGACCUCGGCCGCCAGGCUGCCGCCACCCUCGGCGCUGCCAUCCAGGAUCUUGUUGCCACCUCCGCCGCCGGCGACUCCACCCUCUUCACCAUGAUGUCCCUGCCCUUCCGUAACAUGCCCCUGUCCCUGCGCGUGCGCUCCGAGGAGACCAUCCCUCGCCACGUGGCCCCCUACACCUGCUUCGACACCGAGGCCACUUGCCUGGCUUCCACCAACAACUGCUCUGGCCUGGCUGGCUGCCAUAUCCACAAGAAGGACGCCACUCGCGAGUGCUGGCGCUGCAACUGCGGCCCCUCCCACUCCGGGGACUCCUGCGAGUUCGUCGAUGUGACCGUCUCCUUCGCCCUGGUGGCCACCGUUGUCGGCAUCACCGUCGUUGCCCUGGUGGCCAUCAUCGUCACCAUGCUCGGCAUGGACUCCGGCGAUGACUCCAUCAUCCACCGCACCGCCUCCCACGCCAAGCACGCCUAA